AUGGAGAUCGCUGCCUUAUAUGGAGCUCGUGUCAAGGAGCCAAGAGAAGGGCUGCUGGCAACUGAUAAUCAAAGGCGACUGACUGGUCAGAGCCCUGAAUCGGGGGGGAGAGAAAAUGGGAGGCUAAGGCAGGCUCAGGCAGGCGUGGAGCGGCGCGGAGUGACAAAGCCGCCGCUGCCGCCGCCGGGGGUGGGAGCUGCGCCGGCCCGCCCGCCCCUCGACUCGGGAGAGCAGACGGUUUUAAAGAGCAGAAUAAAGGCUUUUCCGUGUCUGCCCCACAGCCCCUCCAGCUCGAAUAAUGAAGAGACAGUACACUCUGCAAGCGGCGGCCCAUUGUACGCAGCUGAUGGAGAGGAGGCGAGGGGGGCCGGCAACGGCUCCUUGCUCUCUCCCCUCUCCCCAAAUAAACGCUCUCAGUUAAAAGGUGAAAUGAACACGAUUAAAAGACGGACGAAAGAAAGAAAGAAAGAAAAGGCUUUCUAUUUAUAAAUUCUAAAUUUUACUCCCCAAUAUUACAGAGGCAGGCAGUGGAGGGCAGAGGAAGCAGGCAGAGAGAGGGAGACAGGGAGAAGGGAAGAGAACGUGGAGAGAGAGCCAGUGGAAGAGGAAGCGAGAGCGAGCGCCAGGGAACCGGAGGCCUCCUGGACACCCGGCCCGCGGGCCCAGACGCCCUCGGACCCUGGACCGGGAGUCGUGGGCACCAGAUGCGAGACUCGACUAAAUCCUGCCCCACCAGACAGGGAUUGAGAAACGGAAAUACCACCACCCUCCAGUCAAACUUGUGAGGACUGAUUGCGGGGGAACUGGUGCUCCAGAUGUUGAACUAGAGGCGCUGCAAGUGUGAGCAGGUGGCCACAGACCUACAUCACAGGUUGUAGCAGAUGUUCUCAACAUUUCUAUUGAAAUUUUCUUAUCUGCGUUUGCAAGAGGAGCCUCAGAGCCUCGUUCCCUGGUAGCUACCGUGUUCUGAUAUAAGCUGUUAUUCAUCAGGGAGCUUUGGCAAGAGAAUGGCUAGAUCAGCAGGUCCAUCUCCGCUGUGGAAAAACAACUUGAAGCUCAUCUCUGUUGACGACGUACUCUCUGUAGGAUGGGGGUUGACCGAAUACCUGCCUCACUGAAUACCUGCUUCAAAUCACCUUUCACGUUUUCUUGUUGGAAAGACAACCAUUGGAGAAUCAUCUUGUCACCAUCAGCAAAAAUGGAAACAAAUCAAGAUAUUAAGGAUGCCACAGUGGCCAGCAGUUAAUGAUGCCAGUGUUAUGCAAGCUUUGGCAAAGGAAUUUUUUAAGACCUAGUACCUGACUAGCCAGAAAUCUGGAAAGGUUGAAUCUAUCUUUGUUGUCUCAGCUGUUUCUGAAAUCAGCGCAAUGCCUCUGAAUUAAAGUGAAUUGAAACAU